UUCCGCCGCGCCGUACAGUUGCGAGAGUAACUGCGCAUGCGCACAAAGCGUUUGCCUGACAUUGAGGACGGAGCUGCGUUUCCUCGUAAUCCGAAUCGGGUUUAAAACAGAUCCGUCAUGCUCAGCGGGAAGCGCAUCGCUGAUGUGGGUUACAAGCUCUUCUCGGGCUCCAUGAUGCUGUUGACGGUGUACGGCGGGUACCUGUGCGUCCUGAGGGCUCAGCGGUACAUGCAGAGAAAGAAACAGCUGGAUCUGGCAACACAGAACGGGAACGCGUCUUCGGAAACCGUUAAAGACUGAAGACGCUGCUGUAAAUGAUCACUCAACUGGACACUGAUCGCGUCACAGGGGUUGGACAGUAUGUGGUCCAGCAGAAAACCACCUGCGUUCAUGACCCUCAAAGGGUUUAUUUGCCUUUUUGUGGAGUUCUGUGAGGUUUUAUGUGUUGUAAUAUAUUAAAUAUGCCUUGCGAAAUCUA